GUCAUCUACUCGUAGAAAUGGAUGGAUUUUAUCACUCAUGAUUCGUGUGCUUCGGCGUGAGGACUCGCAACUGAUGGAAGAAUCUCACGAGGGGCCAUUGUAACUCUGGUCCGACUAGUAUCGGGACCUCCAAGAUGAAAAGCUGUUUCUACUGCUUCCACCGCAACUUGGUUUCCUUCUGCACUCUGCUGUACUCCAUCUCUGCUGCACUCCAUCUGGAUUGAUGACAAGCAAAUUCAUGGGCCGCCCACUAUGCCGUAGCUUCCUGCCGGUGCUCCAAGUUUUUCUGCGGCUCGAGGGAGGCAAUGAAAGUUAGGCUCCCCGCGAUGCCUGAGCUGUUGCUUUUCGGGUCGAACUGUGCUCUCUUUGUCCUCAGUAGUCG